GGCUUACAAGCUUGUCAUUGGACAUGUGCUGAAAAUUUGAGGGUGAAGAGUAAUACUUGAUAGGGUCGUGAGUAUAAUUAUGGACACAGGCCCGAUGAUCCCGAUUUACAUCAUGUUAAAGGCACAUUACUGUAUUUUUGGCAGUGUCAAAACUGCACCUCUCCUCGAUAUACCUCUAUGUAGUUGUAGGGAUUGGGGGAGGGAGGAGGGGAACAUGGCAUAUGGUGUAUUGCCGCAUCUGAUAUAUGUAGUGGCUCAGCCUCGAAAUACUGUGCGAGUCUGGUCACUCGGUCGAUGCCGGUGGCUAAGACAAAUAACAUGUACAAACAGGGAGCUCGUUGUGAUAGACGUUCUUCCCAACUGUUUCCUCUAUUGCAAUCACGAAACUUUGUCAUCCACUACAUUCAUCUGCUUUGCUUUAUAUCUACUCUUACUUGCUUUUAACUUGCUCGCAUCAGUCUCUUAUCAACCAUGAAUUUUAAUGUCAACGAUAAUCCUCUUCUCGUCGCUCCCCGUCCCGUUCGCAUCACCACCCACCUUGCUCGUUCUACACAUUUCAAACUUGUCACUUCUCAAGUUGAUCAUGUAAAGCUGUCCGAAGACGCUGAAAACGUUGACGAGUACAAACAGCCCACCCGUAUCGACUCGGUUUCGUCCGAUAAGGAUCUCUCCUCUCCGCGUGCAUCACCUCGGUCCAGCCUUCCAUCAGAAGCGCUUGAAGAGUUCCUGUCAAUCUGCAUGGGCUGGAAAUGCCCAUCAUCUCCUGUAUUGCGAUCACGUCGUAACGGUGCCAUGCCGUUGCCCACAUUUGGCCUCCCUUACAGGUCUAGGAGCAGAGUAGAUUUUAUCCACGCCAAGGGUGACAUCUCCAGCAUCACACUCACCGAAGAGAGUGAAUGGGUCCCUCGCACGCGAUCUCCUCAAACCCUUUAUGAGCGAGACGAGCUUGAGAACCUUGACAUUCAAGACCUCGACACCCAAAGGUGGAACGUAGCCCACACUCUCUCAUCUCCAAUAUCUCGUGCGCGCAAUCCAUUUUUACGCCACCCUUCUUAUGACGUCGCCCUUUCUGGCAUCUCGAAUUUUUCCCAAUCAUCCCCUCCGAUCACUUCGGCAACGGCAACGCCUAUGUCUCCUGCGACUGUUCCUCUUCCUGUCCCAACCCCUGAUGAGUUGGUCAAGGUUUACUGAAUCCUGCCCUUUAUCGCAGUAAUCCUCGUCUCGUCAUCCUGUCGUUACUCCCUUAUAUAUGCUUUAGACCAGUUCUCCGAUUACAUU